UCUUUGCUCGGUGGGUCCGAGGGGGGGCGGACAGCUGAGAAUAGACAGUCUGCUUGUCCUUGAGACAUGACUGCCCGAGGAUUUCCCAUCUAUAUUGCCGGGACAGUCAGAGACCUUAGCGCGUCUGUCUGACAAGAUGUUGGGUGUUUUUGUCAGAGCCGUGCUGCGGCCAGGCGUGGCGAAACCAUGUCGUCUGGUCAGACCAGUAACACAGAUCCCAGAGAGGUCCCUGGUGCACCAGGAGGGUUUACCUAAGCUGCCUGUGCCGCCUUUGAAGCAGACAUGUGAGCGCUACCUGGCCUCUCUAGAGCCCAUUGUCAGCGAGGAGGAGCUGGAGCACACUCGAAAGCUGGUGGAGGAAUUUCUCAAAGGUGGUGUGGGGGGAAGGCUGCAGAAAGGCCUGGAGCGACGGGCACGCAAGACAGACAACUGGCUGUCAGAAUGGUGGAUGCAGUCAGCCUAUCUAGACUGCCGUAUGCCUUUAGCGGUCUACACCAGCCCAGGGGUCGUCCUACCGCGCAUGCUCUUCCAUGAUCGCCAAGGACAGAUGAGAUUUGCUGCCAAACUGAUUGCAGGAGUGUUGGACUUCAAAAAUAUGAUUGACACUAAGACCCUGCCUGUAGAGUACCUAAGUGGGAAGCCGCUGUGUAUGGAUCAGUAUUACCAGAUCUUGUCCUCCUGUCGUAUCCCUGGUCCAAAGAGAGACACUGUUGUAAACCAUACCAUCGGAAAAACGCCUCCCACUCACAUCACUGUGGUCCACAACUUCCAGUUCUUUGUCUUGGAUGUGUAUAACAGCGAUGGCACCCCGCUGACAGUCGACCAGAUUUACAUGCAGUUGGAGAAGAUCUGGAACUCCUCUUUGCAGACUAACAAGGAGCCGAUUGGCAUCCUUACAUCACAGCACCGCAACACCUGGGGAAAAGCCUACAACAACCUCAUCAAGGAUAAGACGAAUAAGGAAUCAGUCCGUGCCAUCCAGAAAAGCAUUUUUACGGUUUGUUUGGAUGCCCCGAUGCCUCGUGUGUCAGAUGAGCUGUACCAGAGCCGCGUGGCUGCCCAGAUGCUACAUGGAGGAGGAGCUCGCUGGAACAGCGGCAACCGCUGGUUCGAUAAGACAUUACAGUUCAUCGUCGGUGAAGACGGUACAUGUGGACUGGUGUAUGAGCAUGCACCUGCUGAGGGUCCACCCAUCGUGUUUCUCAUUGACUACGUUGUUAAAUACAUGCAGAAAACUGAAAUAGUCCGUUCCCCGAUGGUUCCCUUGGCGGCGCCUCAGAAACUGCGUUUUAACAUUACACCUGAGGUCAAGAGAGACAUUGAGAAAGCCAAACAAAAUAUGAACAUAAUGGUGCAUGACUUAGAUGUGAAAGUGCUGAUGUUUUCUCAUUUUGGAAAAAAUGUGCCAAAGCAACAUAAGCUGAGUCCAGAUGCUUUUGUGCAAAUGGCUCUUCAACUUGCCUACUUCAGGAUGUAUAGUAUUUGCUGCUCUACAUAUGAAAGUGCAUCAUUACGAAUGUUUAAAUAUGGGCGAACAGAUGCAAUCAAUGCAACGACUGUAGACUCCUUUAAAUUCGUCCAGGCAAUGCAAGACCCAGCUAAACAGAACACAGAGAGGCUUGCGCUGCUGCAGAGGGCUGUGCAGACACAUAAGGACAACACGUACAACGCAAUUCAUGGACAAGCCAUAGACAGACAUCUCCUCGGGCUGAAGAUGCAGGGUAUUGAAGACCUGACCUCCAUGCCUGAGAUAUUCAUGGAUACCUCUUUUGCUGUGGCUCAGCAUUAUAAUCUCUCCACCAGCCAGGUUGGCUCCAAGACAGACUGUGUGAUGUGCUUUGGUCCAAUGGUGCCAGAUGGCUAUGGAGUGUGUUACAAUCCCAUGGAUGAGCACAUCAACAUCGCCAUCACGGCCUUCAACAGCUGUGAAGAGACGAACGCUGCCAAGUUUGCCCAGGCUGUAGAGGAUGCUCUGUUGGACAUGAGAGCUCUCCUGGAAGACACAGCUACCGCCGAGCAGUGAUCCCACACAGGAGCCUGGCAUAGCGUUUAUGUCCCACUGGGCCGUAUGGGAGCCGCAACUGAACCAGUGCUGGAGUCGGUGGCAGAGUGCCACGCUGGCAUAGACACACAAUGUACUGAGUGUUUUGGAGCUGAGUGGAAACCUGUUAUCACAGGAUUGUGGGAAGUGGAAUGUGUGAUGGUUAAUACACUGCCUUUGAGAUGAUAAGCAAUUCUCUAUGAUGGAAAUUCUAUAUUUUAAUAUAUUGUGUUAUAUAUAUAUAUAUAUAUAUAUAUAAACUUUAAAUUAACAUAAUUUGCUAAUUGUAAUAGUAUACAUUUUUCUUUCCUUGUUUAUACUUAACCAGUUCCUGGUGCAGUCUUCAAUAUGACACUGUUAUCACUUGACUUAAAGAUUUUGAGUGCU